UUCAGAUCCCGUGAAAUCCAACCCUCGCCAAAAACCCAGCCGGAUCUGAUGUGCUGACGUGUCGGCUCCUGCUGCCCACCCAGUGCUCAUGCUCCGGAGAGAGAGAGCCAGGCCAAGUGAAAACUGCCAGCAUGGCAGCCAAACACUUCUACCGACAGGGCUUUUUACUACUUUUGUUUAACUUUAUUUCAACCGCAGCCUUGGAGAAGAGGUUCUCCGACUUUAAAAGAUGCGCCGACGAGGAGUGCAGCAUGCUUCUUUGUCGGGGAAAAGCCGUAAAAGAUUUCUCAGGACCUGACUGUCGAUUCCUUUCAUUCAAAAAAUCCGAAACUAUAUAUGUUUACUACAAGCUGUCAGGAAGAAGGGCUGACGUAUGGGCAGGAAGUGUCGGAAGCAACUUUGGAUAUUUCCCAAAGGACCUUCUUGCAGUAAACCACGUGUAUACAGAUAAAGAAGUUGAAAUUAAGGCAGAGGAUACAGAUUUUGUCUGUUUCGACACUGGAUAUGACAAGUUUGACUCUUAUGACAUAGACCAGCUCUUGGGCCUGUCAGUCACGGAGAGUGACGCCGAUAACAAUGGGACAGCCGGAGAAGAGACGGAGAACAUUGAGAAAGAACCUAAGCCCUCAGUAGAGGAGGCGACCGAGAGUGAAACGCAAACAGAAGACGCUGAUAACUCAGAGGAGCUUCAUGAACUUACUGAUGACCAAAGUGCCUCUUCGCUUAAGCUUGAGACAAACACAACGUCAGCAGAAUCGCCUUCAUUGAACGACGAGGAGUCUAAUAAAGACACUGUGCCUGCAACCGAGGAAGAGGAAGAUGAGCCAGAAAAUGUGCCAGAGUCUCCUGUGCAAGAUGUGCCAGAAAAUGGCGACACCAAAGACGAUGUAGCUGCGUCUGAGCCGGAGUCUCCUCUGGUGACGGUCUCUGAGGGAGCGCAGAUCCCACGGCUGAAAGCCACUCUUGGAACGACCUUUGAUGCUGUCGUCACAGAAGAAGAGAUCACCACUAAAGUCACUCCGUAUGAAGAGGAGGUCAGCGAAGGUGUGGACCAUCAUCAAGAGGAAAUCAAAGAAGGCACACCGCUGCUUUCUUUCUCCGAGGAACCCACAGACGCCGUGGAAAGGGAGUCUGUUAAAAAACAGGAAGAAGCUCCGCCGGCGCAAGAAGACGAGCCACACGCCGCAGAGGAGAAGAACAUGUGGACUUCACUUGGAGAUGCUGUGUUUUCGGUCGUCACAGGAGGAGAACGUACAGGAGAGGACGUGAGUUCGGAUGAGGAAGACGACGAUGAGUUUGAGGAAACUCCUGAAGAACCUCAAAAGAAUUUAGAGAAAACUGAGACGGAAGCACUCGUACCCGAAUCUGAGAAGCCUCCAGAGAGCACGGAGUCCCCUCAUCUGGAGGCUCGUCGUCCCAACAUGGCGGAGCGAGAAAUUAAUGAAACGAGCAGUGAUCCCAAGAAGCUUUCGUUUGACGGAGAAGACGCGGAGGACCGGGAAGUGAGCGGACACAGGGGCGAAACGGAUCAGGGGGGUGACACAUCAAAAUCAGCGGAUGAGCUGGUUCGCCAUGAAACAAACCAACGUGUUCUGUCAGAAGAUCCUGUGUCGAAAGAUGAUCUCGUCAACACUCCCGAUGACAACACAUCAGACGACGAAGGCGGUGAGGAUGAGUCAGAGGAUCCAGAAGGUAGCAAAACAGACGACGGCGUGCAGGACGACGUCGUCGUGGUAGAGCAGCUUUUAGACGGCGAGUCGGAUGAAAACAGAAAUAUGUCCGACGAAUCGGAUGUUACCAGAAGUGAAGCGGACUCGGACCAGUCCGCUGAACUAAAGCCAUCUAAUGAUUCAGAUGUCAGCGUUGACCACCUUUUAAUAAACGGCCAGGAACCAGAUCAGAUAAAUGACACCUUGGUGGCAGACGCUGAAAGUAAUCGGACGAUGGUAUCUGUGGAAGAAGAAGAGAUUCGCGAGCAAACGCACACAGAGGUGGAAGAAGAGGAAAAAGCCGUUGGUGUCGAAGAGAUUAACGAAAAAGAAGAGGAGCUACUUGAGGACGAAAACGCACUUUUAUCCGCACAGUCGGACGAUGUCGGCCCUGAAAACCCCGCGGAGGAAACGACCCAGGUCGCCGAGCCGCAAUACAGCGACGACAUACUGAGGCUGUCUCUGCUAAGGGAGCACUUCACAGAGGAGAAGAUGGAGCAGGUCCAGAAGCUCCUGGGCCUCAACAAUCUGUUCAGAGUGGAGGCCAUGUUCUCGGAUCUGGACGCCGAGCUGCAGGCGACGCGCGCGUCCCACAAAGGCACCACGCUCGACGUGGAGAGCGCGCUGGAGAACAUCCUGGAAGCGUCGGAGAACACCAUCCUGGACGAGAUUGAAAAGAUGCUCGACGGCCGGGAGAAAAACCGAGACGAGGGGCAAGACGCCGACACGAGCAGUUUGGACGCGGAAACCGAACUGCUUGAUGACUUUCAGGAGCUCGCUUUCAGCCUGCGGCAAAAGUACUCGACGGCCAGCGACAGCGCACCUUUGGCAACACCAGAAACACCGUUGGGAAACACGCCAGACCAACCUCGCCGGAACGGUCCAGAAGAGACGCCCCCCGCUGUAGAAGAAAAGCCUGACGACAAGCCGGAAACUGACCGUGUGAAUAAUCUCACGGCAGCAGAAGAUCGGGGAGAGGAGAUUAACGAGGAGCACCUAGUUGUGAAUGAGGUGCCUGCCCAACCAGAUGUGACACCGCAGGAGGAGGAGGAGGCGCAGGAGGCCGAACGCUCUGAGAAAAACACAGAGGAGCCGUCGAGCCUUCCUGUGUCAGACGAAGAGGAAAAGGUCCCUCAACCCACCCCAGAGAAGCAGAUGGACGUGGAAGCUGAAGCUGAGCAUCUUCCCUCAGGAACCGUGGACUCCAUUGAGACGGCGGCUGAAAAACCUGAGGAAGAAUUGGAAUCGUUUGCAGCUGCAGAUGUUGACACGAGCGGCGUCUUCUCUGUGAUCCGGAAUAAAACUGUGGAGUGGGCCACUGUGAUGAUUUCUUUACUGCCAGAGGAGUGGAAGCCAGGGGAAACAUUGUAUGGUUGUCCUUGGCAAGCUGUUGCUGUCACAGCUUUGAUUGGAGUGCUUACCUUCACCAUCUUCCUUUGGAGGACAGUCCUGGAAGUGAAGAAGAGUAAAUACCUUGUGGACGAGAAAAAGCUCCAGGAGAAAAUCCAGACGCUCAAGAAAGAUAAGAGCGACGCUCUUGCCAAAAUAUCUGAACUCCAGAAGCAGACUGAGCAGCUGAAGGAAAAUCAGAAACGGUCAAAGGAAACCAUGAGUGGUUCAUUGAAAAAGUUGCAGGCGUUGGAGAGUAAAGUUCUCGAAGCAGAAAAGAUAAAUGAACAGAUGGCAGAAGAAAAGAACAAAUAUGUGCAGCUACUCGAAGAAGAGCGAACCGUCUCUCUCCAGAACGACGGCAGGAUAGAAAAGUUAGAGAAAGCAAAUGAAAAGUUGCAGGUCAGCCGGAAAAAGAUCCAGGAAGCGCUCGCUAAGACCACUGUUCUCUUGGAUGAAGCUAAAAUCCGCGAAGAUGCACGAAAUGCUCAGCACAAAUGUUUCCAAAAAGAGUUUGCAGCUUUAAAAGAGCAGAAUAAAACGCUUAAAACGACUAUUAAAGGUUGGGAGGAGAAACACAGGGAGCUGAAUGAGAAGAUUAAAGUUUAUCAGAAGUCCCAUAAAGAACUGGAGGAUUCUGUGGUGCUCAAAGAUCACAAUGUGGAGGUGCUGUCUGAACUGCUGGCAGACCUAGACGCAUGCGAUCUGCAGAAAACCGAAGCCAACACUUUAGCGAAUGGAGAAGUAGCCCCUGCUGAUAAGAAGACGGCAAUAAAAAACAGAAUCAAGCAGAUGAUGGACGUGUCCAGGGUUCAGACGACUCUGACAGUUAUCGAAGAGGAGCGGGACCGCUUCAUGACAAAACUGCUGAAUGAAGAGAAGUCGCGAAAGGAACUGGAAGAAAAGCACCAGGAGCUGGAACAUGCAAUUGGAGCCCUCAAAAGUGAGAAGAUGCAGAUGGAGAACCAGUACAAGAUCCUGCAGCAGAAAAAUGAAAUCAUGGUUGAAAUGUAUCAGCAGAAGGAGAACGCUCUGCAGCAGAGAUUAACGAAAGAGGAGCUGGAGCGGCGCAGCAAAGAGAGCCUGCUGUCUGAGGUGGGAGGUAAAGCCGUGGAGGCCGAGGAGCAGGUUAAACUUUUGAGGCAGCGCAUUAAUGAGAUGGAGGAGCAGAUGAAGAAGACAGAGGAAGUCUAUAAAGAGCAGAUAAAGGAGCAGGAAAACAAAACUCAUUCCAACUGGGUGAACGCUCGUAACGCCGAGCGAGCUCUCAGCCAGGAGAAGGUCGAGUCCUCCAAGCUGCGGGAAAAGCUGGCCGUUCUCAGCUCCCAGCUCAUGGAGCGCCGCGCUCCUCUGUUCAGGCCCAACUCUGGUCAGCCGGCAGGGCCGCGUCAAGGUGAUUCGUACGGACCCUCUCCCGUCAGCGGGGGCGCUCCAUCCCCUCCUAUAAUGAUCGAGGGUCCGAGGCGCCCUCCCUCUGCCCCCGUAGGGCGAAGAAUCGACCCGUAUGGUCCUCGGCCUCCAUCGGACCCACACGGCAUCUACCCCGACAACAAACACGUCCCUGGGAUGGACAUGAUGGGUCCCAGGAGCUCCUCUCCUGCUAACCAGGAUGGCUCUACUGAAGUGAUAGAUCCACAGAUAAAAACAGAAAGUCAGGCUGUGGCCUCUACGGAGAGCCCAGAGCCAGGACCUGGAUCCUUCAUGGCAUCGCCAAUCAGAGACUCGCCCGGCUCCAUGGUUCACAGACCACCUCCAGGCCCGGGACCACAUGACCCUCUUCCUCCUCACGGACCCAACGUGCGUCUACCCCCACCCGGACCCUACGGACAUCCCCGACCGGGCCCUUACCAACUCCCGCCUGGCCCUCCUCUGCCUGCCAACGGACACCCAGGGAUGCCCCUGCCCGGACCCAUGGGGGGGGAGUUUGGCCCUCGACCUCCCAACGGACAUUUAUACCAACUCAGACACGGCCCCGGCCCCGCGGGCGAUCCCAGGGGCCCGCCACCGCCGCCACACUUCCGUCCUCCGCCUCAUAACUUCGGACCGAUGCCUCCGCCGCUCGGCGUCCGCGGACCCCUGGGCCCCCGUCCACCCUUCCCUCCUGACAUGCGUUUCCCGGGACCCAGGGACCACAUGGGCCCCCCUAUGGACCUGCCUCCCGGUGUGCCGCCAGCUGGAGCCCCUCCUCCCGGUGUGCCGCCCCCUCCUGCUCACCCGGGUGACGGGCACGGUCAGGGCGCGCCCAGCCACCCCCAGAACUCAGCGGGCCCUCAGAGCGGCCCCGGUCAGGACACGCACACGAGGCAGGAGGCCCCUCAGGAUUCAGUCAGACCAGGAAUGGUCUAGCCUUAAAACGCUCCAGCCUGCAGAGGAGGAGCUGGACAGGGCUCCACACACGAUGACCACUCACCCGAGGCCCAAGCAUUCGCUCGUGAUGGGUUUCAGUUUUUUCUGUCCAACAAAAUGCAAAGAUGUUUAUUAAAAUAUAAGGUCUUAAAAAAAAAAUCGCCAGAAAUUAUGUCUGAAAUUCAUGAGUUUAGAAGUUUUCUUCCACAGCUUAUUGUGCAAUACCAGUUGUGUUGAUCUUUUUAAAUGAGUAUAUUGCUAUGAUUUAGGGGGGCACAUUUUUUUUUUUUUAAUGUUGUUUCCUGUGGAAAUUAUUAAAAAACAGCAAGAGACGAGAAGAUUUAGUUUUAACAUUUCAGGAAUCCCCCUUUCUCCCUCCCCCCCCACCAACAUGUUGGUUCAGUACAAACCGUAUACAGGAAAUGUGUAAAAUGAUGGCCAGAUGUAUAACUUAUUUUGUCGGCUAGAACAUUUAAUAAUAAACAAUGGAAACUC